AUGGCUUCAUCUUUACAAGUUGAAAAAAUGGAUCGACCAGAGUUAGCUAAACAUGAUUCAUCUAUUCUUGAUCUCGUAUUUAUUAUGGAUUGUACAGGUUCAAUGGGAUCAUAUAUCGCUAGUGCAACAAACAGUAUUCGUUCUAUUGUUGAAGAAAUAGUUGUCAGUGAAAAAAGUGAUAUUCAUUUAGCACUUGUAGAAUAUCGAGAUCAUCCUCCACAAGACUCUACUUUUGUUACACGUGUACAUGAUUUUACAGCAAAAGUUAGUGAAAUGAAAGGCUGGUUAGAACAAUGUUCAGCACAAGGUGGUGGUGAUGCACCUGAAGCCGUAGCUGAUGGACUUCAUGCAGCUCUUAAAUUAUCAUGGCGUGAAAAUGCUACUAAAAUUUGUGUUCUUAUUUCUGAUGCACCACCACAUGGACUUGAUCCAAAUGGUGAUCAAUUCCCUAAUGGUUGUCCAGCUGGUCUUGAUCCAAUAAAAAUUGUUCGAGAAAUGGCUGAAAAACAUAUAACACUUUAUACAGUUGGUGUUGAACCACCUAUUGUUCCUUAUCGUGACUUUUUUAUGUCAUUAGCAUAUAUAACUGGUGGACAAUAUGUUCCAAUGGUAACUGCUAAACUUUUAUCAAAAGUUAUUAUUGGUGGAGUACGUGAAGAAAUCUCAUUAGAUCGUUUAAUGCAAGAGGCUCAAGCUGAUAUUGAUCGUGAGAUGGAAAAAGCUGAAAAAGAAGGACUUGAUGAAAAUGCAAAAGCUCAACGAAUUGGUAGUAUAUUUGCAGCAAAAAAUAUCCGUUCAAAACAAAUGAAAAACGAAUACGGUGCUGCAUCAAGUGUAGCUAAAGAUUACUAUUCAAAAUGUGCUGAUAUGAGCGAAAUGAAAAUGCAAUUUUCAUCCGCAGCAGCUGCUCCUACCUCUGCUUUUGCCAUGCCAACAACAGAAGCAGCUUAUGAUUUAAUGGAAGAUGAAGCAGUCACCGAAGAACAAUCAUCGCGUAUGUAUCAAAAAUGGUCAAAUCGUAAAAAAUAG